UUAAAGCCACGGUUCUGGGGUGCAGCGGGCCAUGAGUGCACUAUGGAUUGCCAUGUUGUGGCCGUGGAGGUGAAGCCACCCUUGGGAAACUAUGCCGUGGUGUCAGCCUCUGGAUUGUUGCUUUGCUGGCCUGAGAGGCCUUUGAUCCUCACCAGCUGCCUCAUUAAACAAGGCAGUCAGCUGGCUGUGACUUUGCCCAAUGGUCUGGUGGUCGAAGCUCAGCUGGUGGCCUCUGCACGUUUGGGCGCCUCCUCGGAGGCUUUUCGCAGCUUGGCGUCCCGUGGCUGGCGCUGUGGCAACAAACUCUUUGAUAUCUCGAUGACCAGUGCGCUACAACUCACUUUGUUGCGGCCGAGUUCGAGCCAGUUUGUGGCUGACCCCAGUUCGAGCAAAAAGAGCAAAAAGAGCAAAGAGAAGGCGUCGCUGUGGCUUUCCUUUUCGGAGCCCGUGGAGCAGUGGAUUGGACAGCGGGUGCUGUUGCACUCAGCGCCCUUCGGAGCAAGGGCUGGGAGCUUCUGGUCCCAGCUCAGGGUGGUGAUGCGAGGUGUGAUCUCCAACCUCUCGAGCCCUCCCGGGCUCAUUUUGACGGAUGCCCCUGGAGCUGAGAGCUCUGCUGGGGGAGCUUUGGUGCUAGAAGGCACCAACGAGGUCGUGGGACUGCUGGCGCCAACCCUAUGCGGCUCCUCAGGAGAAGCUGUAGCCCUUGGGAUUGUCAUCCCUAUGCCAGUUGUGCUUGACACCAUGCUGGAUGAUGCGGCAUGUCGUGCCCAACUUUGCCAUGAAGAUCUUGCCUCUUUGCCAAGUCCACCCAGCACAGUGAGUCUGCCCCCGAGUGAGGUGAGACAAGGCGUGGCCCUCUUGUGGCUGGACUCCGGCAGCUGGGCUUCUGCCAUCGUCUUGUCGAGUGAGGGGCACUUGCUGACCUGCGCACAUCUCUUGCUGGGCAACUCCUGGAUGGAGCUCCGUGCGGAGGGCAAGGGGCUGCAGCAACAGCCACGUGCGCCAUCGCGCUGCAGGGGGAGUUGCUUUGCAGAAGUCCAGGGCAAGAUUGUCUCCGUCACAUUUGAAGCGGACGUGCUGCGGAUCUUUGAUGGCUUCCUUGAUGCUGCUUUGCUCCGUGUGAGGCCCGAGAGGAGUGAGAAGGAGUACAAGUUCAACCCAGCGCUGUGGAACCAAAGGGCCGAUCCCCUCGAGGGCACCGAGGUCUGGGCUGUCGGACAUGGCCUUUUCGGCCCUGGAUGUCCGUGGAAGGGCCCUGCUGCGACUUCAGGCCUUCUCUGCAAAGUGGUGCGGGCCUCCUCAGGGCGGCGUGCCAUCCUUCAAAGUAGCGCAGCGGUACACCGCGGGUGUAGUGGCGGGGCCCUAGUGGCCAAUGGGCAGCUGUUAGGCAUGGUCACCACCAACGUCAAGCAACAGGAUGGAUUCGUCAUGCCGCGUGUGAACUUCAUCCUCCCCGUGGGCCUGCUAUCUCCUGUUUGUACAUAUUUGGAGAACCUGAAGGUUCUACCUGCGACGGAGGCACUGGCAAGAUUGACCGAGGAGCUCCGGCCCUCUGCGGCAGAUGAGGAGGAGCGCUCCUUCUGGCGCUUGGAUGUGGAGCGUUUGAAGCUACCCAGCCGCCGCUCGGGAAACGGCAUGCGUUGAAGCGGCUGGAGCUUUUGGAGAAAGAAGCGAAAGAGGAGGCCAGUCGGCAAGAUGCUCUCAAAGCAGAGACCCGUACGUCAUCAACUUCUGUGCGCUCCAAGCUGUGAGGAAAGGCUCGACCUUCAAUGCGCAUAAGCUAUAGCAUAUGUUUCACCUGCCAUGCCCUGGGCCGCAAGUGUGCGUGUUGAGGCUCUAGCCAUAAAUCUCAAAGGAUGAG